CUUACCCCUCCUGGGAGGCGUGGCCUGCGGGCCGCCCAGCCUCUAGUGGGCGAGCGGGGAACGCGGGCCCCGCCUCCCGCCUAUAAGGGCGGUGCGGCACUGCAGCUAGCGCAGUUCUCACUGAGACCCGUCACCCCGACUCAACGUGAGACGCACCGCCCGGACUCACCAUGCGUGAAUGCAUCUCAGUCCACGUGGGGCAGGCAGGUGUCCAGAUGGGCAAUGCCUGCUGGGAGCUCUAUUGCUUGGAACAUGGGAUUCAGCCUGAUGGGCAGAUGCCCAGUGACAAGACCAUUGGUGGAGGGGACGACUCCUUCACCACCUUCUUCUGUGAAACUGGUGCUGGAAAACACGUGCCACGGGCAGUUUUUGUGGAUCUGGAGCCUACAGUCAUUGAUGAGAUCCGAAAUGGCCCAUACCGACAGCUCUUCCACCCAGAGCAGCUCAUCACUGGGAAAGAGGAUGCUGCCAACAACUAUGCCCGUGGUCACUAUACCAUUGGCAAGGAGAUCAUUGACCCAGUGCUGGAUCGGAUCCGGAAGCUGUCUGACCAGUGCACAGGACUUCAGGGCUUCCUGGUAUUCCACAGCUUUGGUGGGGGCACUGGCUCUGGCUUCACCUCACUCCUGAUGGAACGGCUCUCUGUUGACUAUGGCAAGAAAUCCAAGCUGGAAUUCUCCAUCUACCCAGCCCCCCAGGUGUCUACAGCCGUGGUCGAGCCCUACAACUCUAUCCUGACCACCCACACCACCCUGGAGCACUCAGACUGUGCCUUCAUGGUGGACAACGAAGCAAUCUAUGACAUCUGCCGCCGCAACCUAGAUAUCGAGCGCCCAACCUACACCAACCUCAAUCGCCUCAUUAGCCAAAUCGUCUCCUCCAUCACAGCUUCUCUGCGCUUUGACGGGGCCCUCAAUGUGGACCUGACGGAGUUCCAGACCAACUUGGUGCCCUACCCUCGCAUCCACUUCCCCCUGGCCACCUAUGCACCAGUUAUCUCUGCAGAAAAGGCAUACCACGAGCAGCUGUCGGUGGCAGAGAUCACCAAUGCCUGUUUUGAGCCUGCCAACCAGAUGGUGAAGUGUGAUCCCCGGCACGGCAAGUACAUGGCCUGCUGCCUGCUGUACCGUGGAGACGUGGUGCCCAAGGAUGUCAACGCUGCCAUUGCCGCCAUCAAGACCAAGCGCAGCAUUCAGUUUGUGGACUGGUGCCCCACAGGCUUCAAGGUUGGUAUCAACUACCAGCCUCCCACUGUGGUGCCUGGGGGUGACCUGGCCAAGGUGCAGCGUGCCGUGUGCAUGCUGAGCAACACGACAGCCAUUGCUGAGGCCUGGGCCCGCCUGGACCACAAGUUCGACCUGAUGUAUGCCAAGAGGGCGUUUGUGCACUGGUACGUGGGUGAGGGCAUGGAGGAAGGUGAGUUCUCCGAGGCCCGUGAGGAUAUGGCUGCCCUGGAGAAGGAUUACGAGGAGGUGGGCAUCGACUCCUAUGAGGACGAGGAUGAGGGAGAAGAAUAAACCAGCUGCCUGGAGCCUGUUCACUAUGUUUAUUGCAAAAUCCUUUCGAAAUAAACAGUUUCCUUGCACGGUUUCUUGUCCCCUCUGAGUGCUUGAGCUUCUGCUGCCUUCCCCUUCAUGCUGCUGCUGCUCUCACUGUUUGCUGUUCAUGACCCUUAUCCCUCCCAUCGCUGAACGUGAGACCUGCAAAGGGGUCCUUGCCAGGCCCAGGAAGCAUAACCCCAGGGAAUUUAAAUCGAAGCCCUAGGGGUAUUCAGUAUAGGGAGGAAAUGGGGACCAAAUCCAGGCACAAACUGUUGAAGGAUGAGUCUUCAGUUCCUUUCCAAGUAGGAGUUUAAUCCAGUGGUUUGUCUUUGAAAGUUAGACUGCCACCCUGUUCUUCCUGCUGCCUCUACAUUUACCAACUCUGGAAGCAAGGCUUGGCCCAGACUCCUCUGUGCAUUAUGAGGGUUUGGGAGUGGGGCUGGGCUGGCCCAGAGUUCCUGGGCAUGGAGCCACAUCAUAAGCUUGGGGGAUGGGAGAGAACACAGGCGAUCUCCUAGAGUUGUUUGUGCCACUGCACCUCUGAGCAGCUUUGCAUAGCUUCCUGUCUUGCUGCUUUGCUGGAGCUGGGCUGUGCCAUUAAAAGUCAGGUCAUCU